UUCUUGGCAGGUCUGGGUCCGAUCCUCUCCUACUGCAGAUUCAUCUGGACUGGGAUAGGAACGGCAUGCAACUACUAUAACAACAAAUAUGGCAGCAUUGUGCGGGUCUGGAUUAAUGGAGAGGAGACAAUCAUUCUGAGCAAGUCUUCAGCAGUGUAUCAUGUUCUGAAGAGCGCCAACUACAUAGCCAGAUUCGGGAGCAAAAAAGGGCUGGAGUGUAUCGGGAUGGAAAGCAGGGGGAUCAUUUUCAACAGUGAUAUCCUGCUCUGGAGAAAAGUGAGGACAUAUUUUAUGAAAGCUCUGACAGGCCCCAGCCUCCAGAGGACGGUGGGAAUCUGUGCGAGCUCCACAGCCAAACACCUGGACCGCCUGCAGGAGAUGACCGACCCCUCCAGGCACGUGGAUGCUCUCAAUCUGCUGAGAGCUAUAGUGGUGGACAUCUCCAACAAGCUUUUCCUCAGGGUGCCGCUCAACGUAAAUGACUUGCUGAUGAAAAUCCACCGCUACUUUGAGACCUGGCAAACUGUUCUAAUAAAGCCAGAUAUGUUCUUCAAGAUUGGAUGGCUAUACAACAAGCACGAGAGAGCAGCCCAAGAGAUGCAGGAAACAAUGGAGGUCCUUCUGGAAAUGAAAAGAAAAAUCAUAAAUACGUCUGAGAAACUGGAUGAUGAUCGUGACUUUGCAACAGACCUGAUCUUGGCUCAGAACGUCGGAGAGCUUUCGGCAGACAACGUCCGGCAGUGCGUGCUGGAGAUGGUGAUCGCAGCACCAGACACACUCUCCAUCAGCCUCUUCUUCAUGCUGAUGCUGCUGAAACAAAACCCAGAUGUGGAGCUGAGGAUAGUGGAGGAGAUACACAGUGUGUUGAGUAAAAAAGGUGAAAACAUUGAUUAUGAAAGCUUGAAAGUGCUGGAGAGCUUCAUCAACGAGUCUCUGAGGUUUCAUCCUGUGGUUGAUUUCACGAUGAGAAAAGCUCUGGAAGACGACAACAUCGAAGGCAUUAAAAUCACAAAAGGCACUAACAUUAUUCUCAACGUUGGUCUCAUGCACAAGACUGAAUUCUUCCCCAAACCCAAAGAGUUCAGUCUGACGAACUUUGACAAAACAGUGCCCAGUCGUUUCUUCCAGCCCUUCGGCUGCGGGCCUCGUUCCUGCGUGGGCAAACACAUCGCCAUGGUGAUGAUGAAGGCCAUCCUGGUCACUCUGUUGUCUCGUUACAGCGUGUGUCCUCGCCGAGGCUGCACCCUCGACAGCAUCAGGCAGACCAACAACCUGUCGCAACAACCUGUGGAGGACGAGCCAAGCCUGGCCAUGCGCUUCAUCCCUCGAACAACACAACUUAACACAAUCAACACUGAGACACAGGGGACACAUCUGAGUGGAAACUAAGUAUUGCAUAUUUUGAAGUUUGUACUUGGUACAGGAAAAAUCCCCGCUGCAGGCUUGUGAUAAAUUAACAGAUAUUAAAGUGUACUUUCUGCUGCUCUCAGUAUAAAACAUAACAACUUGCUUGUUGAAUUAAAAAAUAUAUUUCCAACAUUCUUUUACUGAAAAAAUGAACUGAACACAAAAUGCAAACAAUUCAUUUAAAAAUACAGGUUUCUACUGAUUCUCAUAACCCACCCCUGAGUGCAAUAUAACAAACUUUUGUGAUGUUUUUAUCACGAGGGUUGACAUGAUAAUGUCAAGUCUGCAAAAAACCCACCAAUUCUGGGUUCUAUUAGUUCUAUAUUGUUUUUUACUAUUUUUUUAAUGUUUUGUCUUCUUUGACAUUACUGACCUUCAGCGAAUGUAAACGAAGGUUCUAGGCGACACAGAGCAAUGCAAGCAAGACUUUUUUGUCUAUGGGAUGCAGUACACAAAAAAAAGGGUAAAUAUGGAUAUAGAUUUUGGUAUUUUCUGUCUUCAGUGGUCACAAAAUAAUUACUUUGGCAAAAAAAAGUUUGUUUUUUUUAAUUUACAUGCCAACUUGUUUUUGUUUAUGACGUGGACUGAGGCAAGCAGCUACAGCUACUUUGGAUUUUGUACAUGUUAAUCCCAGAUUGAUAAUGUCAAUGAAGAGUGUUUUCAUCUCACAUAAAUAUUUUACACACAGUUUGUAUUUCCUUCAGCACUAUAGGGUUAACUGUAUUAAACAACAUCGAAGUUAAAUAUCAGUGUUGAAGUAUGGUAUAAUGAGUAGUGUUGGAUGCAAAUGUCAUAUUAGAAUUUUAACAUACACAGGACUUUGAAAUAUUAGGUGUAAAUGCAUUGGUAUGUUAAGGUGCACGACACAGAAUUUUCCUAAAAAAAAUAUGUAUAGAGUCCUACAGA